AUGAAUCCAUUCCGUAUCCUGGCUGAUGUCUCGCAUCUGGCCUCGAUCUGCCUGUUGAUUUGGGCUAUACACAAGAACAAAAGCGCCGAAGGUGUAUCUCUGUUGACACAGAUUCUAUACGCUGCGGUGUUUGUGACCCGAUACACUGAUCUGUUAAGUCCGAGUGCGUGGUCCGUCGAAUCUCAUGGGCCCAUAGUCAUCUGGAAUGUCGCCUUCAAACUAUUCUUCAUCUUCUCUUCGUUCUAUACCAUUUUCAUCAUGAUGAGAGUCUUCCCCCGCACGAGAGAGCGGGAACGUGCAUGGAAACUCGGCAUUUACUCUGUGCUUGGUUCCUUGGUGUUUUCCCCCAUCCUGUACCUUCUUCUCGAGGGUAAAUCGUGGAAGCAUUUACACGGGCCUGUGCAGUGGGCGAUGGAGCUGCUCUGGGCCUUCUCCAUCAUCCUCGAGUCCGUAUGCGUCCUCCCUCAGCUGCUCCUUCUUCGCCAGACCACUGUGCCCACUGUCAUCGACUCCUACUAUCUCGCCGCUCUCGGCUCAUACCGGGCCUUCUAUAUCCUCAACUGGCUCUGGCGCGGCUUUGGGAAAGACCAUUAUUGGGACCCGCUCGCCUUUGUCUUCGGGAUCGUGCAAACAGCCUUUUACGUUGACUUUGCUUGGGUCUACUACUCACGACAGCGGGUCAAGCUUCGUAACGGUGGUGUGGUGGACUCGGAAGACUACGCUAAAAGCUGGCUGGUCAAUCGGGUUGUCAAUUUCCGAGCCAGUCGAGCAUCGACCGAAGAAGAGCAGCAUCUGCGUCAUGAGGAGGAAGGUGGUGAGCGCGAUUUGAGUCACAACCGAUGGGGUGCACGUGGCAUCUCAAUCGCUGCGGAUGAUACCUUGGAGAGCCACGGGCGACGGGACGGCCCUGAUGACGACGACGACACACACGGCGUGUGGUCAGACGACUAUAUGGAUGACCGGGAGAAUUCUUCACGGACUCGUACCAUGGGAUAA